CUCGAGGGCACCUCACCUCCUGUCGUGACUCGCAGCGCCCUUGUAAACGAGGUCGUGCCAGAGUUUUCUUGCCUUCAAGCUGGGGCGUUCUCUCUCUGGCUUCUUGGGUGUCUCCGUUCCUCAUCUCGGUCCUCGGAAAGCAAGCAAAAUGCUGUAUGAGUUUCUAGCAGUCGUGGUUGUCGCAAUGACAGCACUGACAUUUUGGGACGGCGUGCCCGUGGUAACAGUGGAAGAGGGUCAGGUGUCUGGCAUCACUGAGCUCUCCACGAAGGGCAAGGAAUUCUACUCCUAUUAUGGCAUCCCCUUCGCCAAGCCUCCUGUGGGAGAACUCAGGCUCAAGGAUCCGGUUAAAGGAGAGAGGUGGGAAGGCGUGCGGGACGGAUCCAGAAAGCCCUCCUCCUGUCUCCUUGUGCCCUUGGCUUUCUCCGUCAUGGGCAUUAGAAAAGCCCCAGAGGAGAUGUACGGGGACGAAGACUGCCUCUACCUCAACGUUUUCACACCACGCAAAAUAAAGCCUAACAAGAAACUCCCAGUGAUGGUGUGGAUCCACGGAGGUUCAUUUAUUGCUGGCAGCAAUCAUGAGUACCUGCCUCAUGUCCUUAUGAACCAUGACAUUGUGCUCGUAGUUUUGCAGUACAGACUUGGUAUCAUGGGAUUCUUAUCCACGGAGGAUGAGGUGAUUCCAGGAAACUUUGGGCUGAAGGACCAGACCCUCGCCCUCCGCUGGGUGCAGGACAACAUCCACAGCUUCGGAGGAGACGCCGACAGGGUCACCAUCUUUGGGGAGAGUGCUGGGGGCGCCUUCGUCCAUUAUCAUAUUUUGUCACCGAAAUCAAAAGGUCUCUUCUCCCGCGCCAUCAUCCAGUCGGGGUCGGCCAUGGCGUCGUAUUCUCACAGGGAAGACCUCAGACUCGUGGCGCAGGAAGUAAGCCAAGCCGUCGGCUGCCCCGAAGGCCCCAGCAGCCAGGACAUCCUCGAUUGUCUUCAGCAGGUGGACGGACGCAGAUUGGCCAUUAGCUUCCAGGAUUAUUUGAAAUGGUUCGUCUUGCCACUAGUGACGGUACCUCGAAUUGACGGGGACUUUGUACCAGAUCACCCCGCCCGCCUGAUGCGUGACGGAGACUUCAACCAAGUGGACCUCAUGGCUGGAAUCACAAGAGAGGAUGGAGCUUUUGGAACAAACCCAAUGUUAGCUCGAAAGGACCUCUUCCCUGCUUUACAAAACAACUUCAGUACCUUUGGGCCUCUUAGCCUCACGGUCGGACCUGAAGUUGAAGAUCCCGUUGCCUUCAGCACCAAGGUCUACCAACGCUACCUAGGGAACCUGACCAUCGACCGCGAUCACAUAGAAGAAAUCACGAAGUUAAGCACACACUACAUGUUUGCCAUACCACACGACCUGACGACCCUCUACCACGCGCGUGCCCCUGGCCUUCGUACUUACCGCUAUGAGCUCAAACAUCGAUCCCAGCUGUCAAUGGGAGACUACUUCAACACAGAUAUAGGGCGUCACUGGAUUCCUCACGGUGACGACCUGUACUACCUGUUCGCCGGCGGACCGCUCCUCGUCCGCAGCUUCUUGCCCGACCGCCCGCGGGACCUGCAGAACGAGGAGGACCUUCGCCUCAGAGACAUCAUCACGACCACGUGGACGAACUUCGCUGCCACGGGCAACCCGACCCCCGACGACGCCCUGGGCUUCAAGUGGGAGGCGGCGACCGAGGACGACCUCCGCUACCUCGCCCUCAAGCCCUCGCCCACCAUGGAGGCCGACCAGCGACAGGAGGCGCGAGAUUUCCACGCAUCUCUGCCAACGAAGCUGAACCAGAUCCUCCAUCCCGAACGCAUCGUCUCAUUAUGAGCUUAAGGAAGACAGGGAGGCGUAGUAAAUGAGCGGGGGGGGGGGGAGUACUAGUUUACACUACAGCAGAAAUUAUUAUCUCUUUUUGGAUAGGCUAUGAAUCUGUCCUAUGGUUUCCUGUUCGUCAUAUAGCACAUUUCCACAACUUAUAUAUGAUGCAAUAAAGGAGUUGAUUAAUGGACACGAUAGUCUUGCAACUGCUGUGAGCGAAAUAUUUUUUAUGUAUAGCACACCUGAAACUCCACAAAGCAUAAACAUAGCCUAAGGGAAAACGUUCUGCAAUGCACCAUUUUUUAUGAUACUAGGCUCAUAGUAUACUUGUUGAAUAUAUAAGGGAAUGGCUAUGCUUACCCUGAACUUAGCAG